AUGGAUAUUACCAAAGAGUUCCACAAAGUGGCAUUUGAUUGUUUUAAAGAAGAACAUAAAGAAUGUAGUGAAAAUGGACUAAAAAGUUUAUUUGAAAAAGAGUGUAUUUCCAAACGAGAAACAAAAGAUGGUUUUAAUGAAAUUAUCAAAAAGAUUGAAAUGGAAAUUGAUAAGAAAAUAGAAAUGGAAAACCAAAUAAUUCUUGACAUGGUAACAGGGUCAGUUGAUAUUAACACAUUCUCAGAACAACAAUCAGUUGGAGAACAAUUAACACAAUGGUCUAAGCAAAUGAAUGAAAAAAUGAUUUCUUCUUUUGAAACGUACAUUAUAGACCAGCUCAAAGACAAAAUUCAGAAGCUUCAAAAGAAAAACAACAAUCAAAUGAAAGUGAUUUGGAACAUUCUUAAUAUGAACAGUGAAUUACUCUUCCAGUUACAUCCAGAAUUAUUGAAUAAUGAAAAGACACAUGGAGAAGAUAAUAAUAAAGAACAACAAGAAGAGAGUAUAAAUGAACCAGAAAUUCUAGAAAAGCAACAGAAAAAUAAUAAAUCAAUUGAAAAUGAACAAAUAGUUAAAGACACACCAAUCAAAUUGAAUGAAUCAAUUUUUGAUGAUUUUGAUAGUGAUGAUGAUCAAAUAAUCGCAAAAGAAGAAGAACCAGAAUUAAUAAUAACAGAAAACAAACAGAUAACUUCAAAAGAAAAAACAGAAAAUAAUCCAAAAAAAAUCACUCCAGUUCAAAGUGAGAAAAUAAAUAAUGUUGAUUUUGAUAAUGUUUGGGAAAAUAAUGAAGAGGAAAAAGAAGAAAUUGAUGAAGAAGAAGAAAGAUUAAUAAAACAAACAGAAAAUCGAAUGGAUGAUGUUUAUAAAGUGAUUAUUGAGAAAAUUGAAAAUAUUAAUGAUUUAAAUACAAAGAUUGGAGAAAUGGCAAUUAUUCAACUUGAAAGUACUCAACACAUUGUUGAUGCUGUAGAAGAAGCACAAGUUUAUUUAGUUGCAGGAAAUAAAGCAUUAGAAGAAGCACAUGAAUCUAUGAAAAGUUGGUGGACACCAAAGAAAAUUGCAGGAAUUAUGUUUUAUAUUGCAGGUCUAAUGCUAUUAAUAAGUCAUUUAACAAGUAAAUGA